GUACUGCCUAUGCGCUAUCCCAGUGGGAAGGGGCCCCAGGGGAUCUGGACGGACGCCACUGCCCCCAGCCAUGGUUUGGGUGUUCACCCAAGCACAGCAGGUGGGGCUCUCGGAGGUCCCAGGGCCUGAGGUCUGCGCAGUAAGGAAACAGGCAGAGAGCUAGGGGUGGGGGCUGCCCAGAUCCUUCCACUGCCCUCCGAGCCUUGCUGCUCUGGAUUAUUUUACUUGGAUUGCUGCUGUGGCAGGCCCCAGGCUGUCACUGAAACACUGGCAAGCACUGGGCAGCCCCAGCCCCGUGCCUCUGGUCCAUCACUUCCUGGCACAGAUGGCUCUGGGCACAGUCCUUCCGAGGUGACCAGGAAGGCUGGGGGAAGGAAGUGGUGGCGCAGAAACCUAUAGCCACUUACCAAGGCCCUUCCUCAUCCGGACAGUAGCCCACUUGGCCUGUCCCCAGCCCAGCCCGGGGAGACUCAGGCCGUCUUGGGCCUGCUCUCCCCACUUCCCUUUGGGGCCAAGUCUGAGCGGUGCUAGCCUGGAAUGCCCCAGUCUUGGGCUCUCUUCCUAGGGGACACAGAGAAUGGGGUGGUAGCCCUCCUCUGACAGGGCUAGAGCAGUUCCAGGGAGCUGUCCUCAGCAAGCGGCAGGGCCUGUUAGUGGUCCCAGUGCUGCGGUGCCAGUGGUGCCCAGUGGGACAUCAGAAGAGGUCAUCCUCCUUCAGGGCCUGCUUCUUUGGGCCCAAGCCCACUGCUUUCUGGAUGGCCCUUCAAAAAAUCACCUCUCCCCCACCCUGGCUCUGCCUCACCAGAGCAGGGGGCGGGCUCUGCGUAAACACACAGGCCAGCAGGGCCAGGGGAGGGGAAGGGCCGCAAAGCGGUCUGGGGGCGCCAGGAUGGAAGUGGCACUCCUGCCAUCCCCAGCUGACCCUGUGCAAGAAUCUCCCACAAGCAGCUUUUCCAACUCCAGCUUUCAGUCCAUCAAGUCCGUCUCAAAUUCGACGUUGUCAAUGACUGCCCUGGCUGCAGCCAACUCUCAAGGCAAGGCCCGGCCCCAGCUCGCCUCCUCCAAGAAGCGGGACUCGAAAACUAAUGUUCCCCAGAAGAUGGACCUGGAAGAGGAGAGCCCAGCUGCUGCCCUGCUGCACAAUGGCAAGCUGGACAAAGGCCCAGGGAUGCAGGGGCCAGCCAAAGAUGAAGAAGUGGAGACCUUCAGUACAGUGGCCACCUCCGCAGCAGGUGGCCAGCACAAGGGCAAGCAGCCCCCCACGAUGGGCCUGCCGCCAUACCUGCGCAAGCCAACCACGCUUCAGCAGUGUGAGGUGGUUAUCCGCCAGCUGUGGAACGCCAACCUCCUGCAGGCCCAAGAGUUGCAGCACCUCAAGACCCUCCUGGAAGGGAAGCAGAGGCCCAAGGCUGCCCCAGAGGAGGCUGGGCCCAGCUCUCCGAAGGACCAGGAGGCACCUCAUCUGGGAGCCAUGCAGCUCCCCAAGGUCCCCACCAAGGGCGUCCCCAUGAAAUGCCUGAUUCUAAGCCCGAUGCCCGUGGCAGAGCGCUCCGUGCUGCCCACGCUGAAGCAGAACCUGAAGAGCAGCUUCGCUGAGCGGCAGAAAAGGCUGCAGGUGGUGCGGAGCCGGCGGCUGCACCGCUCGGUGCUCUGAGGCCAGCGGCACGGUGUGCGUCUGUGCGGCAGGUCACGGCCAAGCCCAUGACCCCAGCUGGAGACGCUAAUAACCCUCUCUGGAUAGCACUACCAAAGACUUCUAAUGCGUUUAGGCCAAGCGAAAUUCCAGAUAAAACUCAUGGCAGCUAAAGGACUUGGUCUCAGAACUGAGAAACUGUUUAGUUUCUUGCUUAGUAUUUUGCUAUUCUGCAUUUACAUGAAAACAUGUUAUGAGAUUCAUAUUACCCUACCUGUUGAAGACUGAAAUAUAGCUCCACUUGUGCGUCUCAUCCCUCA